GCGGCAGGAGGUGGGUGGAGUGUUUAAUCUUUUUUAAGUCUCUUCUCUACUCUGUGUCAGACUUAUUCCUUCAUUCCUCUCACACUCUCUUCUCCUCCUCCUCCACCACCCGCGUUUUGGGAAACCAGAAGAGAGCACCCGCGUUUCUCAUCCACCCACGUCGCUGGCCAAGAAACACGAAGGCAGAGUGCAGGCCAUUCACGGCGUCUCCUUUCUCCUCCACCGUGACAUCCACCACGUCGCUGGCAGGGGCAGCAGCGCCACCAUCGGACUGCGAUUGACGAACGAUUUCAACCGCCACGACCACCACGAACACAGGUUUGUUUGUAAUUUGCGUUCUGGUUCCCUUUUCUUUCAAUUUGUAACCUAAAUUUAUGAUUUUCGUAACCCUAAAAUUGGUUUCCUGUAAUUGGAAGUUGUGGUGUAUGUGUGGUUGUUGUUGCUGCGAUUUGUCCUUGUUUGGAUUGGACCCAUUCUGUGAAUCAUAAUUGUUGUGCUGUUGUUGGUUAAAUUUUCCCCCAAUUUCAAUUUCGUAGUUGGUGUGGUGGUGAUGUUCAUUUCUUUUUUUCUUGUUUUUCUAGUGUUACUAUUUUUUAUCUGACUGUGUGAUAGGCUGAUAGUUGUGGUGGUUGUUUUCUUUGUUUGUCUGUUUAUCUGUAAUCAUGUUGGAGAUAUGUGGAGAACAUGUAUUUCAUCGUUGCACUGUGAUCAAAUAAAUACUGCCACUGUUUCAUAUUGUUCUAUCAUCCUUGAGACAAAAAUAUGUUCUUCAUUAAUGAUUGAAUUAUAUGAUAGAAAGUACCAAGUUGCAAAGUUGUAUGUGCCGUGUUUGCAAAGCUGGGAUUGAGUUGUUUGGCAUUAACUUAAACUGAAAUUUGCUUAUACACUGCAGUAUAUUUGAUGUAGAACUAUAAUGCCACCUCCUUUUUAACUGUUCUGAACUCUAAUUUGUUUGAGGCAUCUCUACCGGGGUUUGAUGAUGGGGAGAUUUCAGAAGAUGCUCCUAUUGAUUUGGAGGGUUUAUUUAGAUGCUUCUGCAGCACAUGUUGCCAAACAAAUUAUACAACCUCUCAUCCAUAAUUAAUGCUUCUGUUUUUUUUUAUGUAACUGUUUGCACUUUGGUAAUGCUCCAUGCCUAAAGUACUCUAAUUCAGACUUGUUAUUGAUGUUGCAACAGUGUCUUGAUGACUUGCAGAGAGCAAAAUGUCAUUUAUAUAUAUUGUAGGGUUGUUUGUUUUGUGAUCAGUUAUAUUAUAUACUGCAGGGUUGUUUUUGUUGCAAUAAUUUUGUUGAAAUCUGAUUUUGGACUGAAAAUGUAACAUAUGGAAAAAAGCCCGCGGGCCAGCCCGCCAGCUUGCGGGCCGGGUUCAAAAGUGUAACCCGUUUCACCCUUGCGGGCCAGCCCGGCCCGGCCCGUAUAAAUCGGGCCAAAAUCGGGCCGGGUCAACACCUUCACGUUCUCUCCAGUUCCACCCUGCUCGUGGCCCCAUUCUCGAUCUCUUUAACCUCUACUUAGGACUCGGCGUAUUUUCUCUUCUACUCUUCUUCGUUUUCUUCUUCUUCUACUACUACUACUACUACUACUACUACUUCUUCUUUUCUUUCUUGAUGCUUCUCCUUUCAUUUUCACAGCGAAAUAGCCGCAACAAACCCGAAGAGUCACUUCGUGAACCACCAUUCUCCCUCACCAUAACCCCUCUCUGUACUACCAAAAAUUUUCUCUCCGACCAAUCAGUCACGUGACCACACAUUACCUCUUCCACAAUUCCAUGAGGUUUGUAUUGGUGGCAGCUGCAUGAGUCAACCUGGUAUUUAGUUGGGUGUUCAACGCGGUUUAAGGUGGUUAGACAAAGUGUUGUGGUUGUGUUGUUGUUUACAUGGAGAGAAUGAACAGUGGGGGUUCUUCAAUCAGAAGACGUUCAUUAAGCAUAUCAAGUCACGUAAGCUAUCAUACAGAUAAUGAUGGUGAGAAUGAGAGUGUUUCAGAGGCUGGAGACAUUGGAGAUCGAGCUCUUAGAAGCAAGAGGUUUAGUGAGAGCAACAGUUUCCGUUUGUCCUUUGACAACAGGUCAGAGAAAGAAGCUGUCGUUUCCAUUCCAGAGGAACACAGAUCGCAUCCCAAUUCCUCUGUUAGGCCUUUGCCUCCUGCUUUCACAUCCCUUUCCCCUCUUUCCACUGAUGGAAUUGUACGUUCUGAAGACAUAGAACAUGACCUUCCUAAAGGUUUGCCAGAGUUCCUGGACUAUACUUCAUGUUUGGUUCAUUUAGCGGUUUUUGGAAUUCUUGGGGUCUUAACGAGAUAUUUACUGCAGAAGUUAUUUGGCCCUAGGGUUGCCCAUGUGACAAGCGACCAAACCAUUCUUUAUGUUGAUCUUCCUGCUAAUAUGAUUGGUUCGUUUCUUAUGGGUUGGUUUGGUGUGGUAUUCAAAGGAGACAUAUCUCAAGUGUCAGAGCAUCUAGCUAUAGCAAUAACAACUGGUUACUUAGGAAGCCUUACAACCUUCAGUGGUUGGAAUCAAAAAAUGCUUGAACUCAGUGUUUCCGGGCAUUGGCUCUUCGCUUCACUUGGCUUUCUUUUAGGUUUAUUUCUCGUUGCAUAUUCCAUCCAAUUUGGGAUUGAAACAGCCAAGGGUUUUAGGUGGCUCCUCCACCGGCUGGGUAUUAGUUUGGAAAAAGAUGUUAAUAAGAUGAACUGCAAAGUAGACAGCUACCGUCGUCAGUUGAUAGUUAUGGUGAUGUUCUUGGUUAUAUUAGGCAUAUUGUGGGGUGUGAGUGGUGCAUUAGUAAAGGCUGAGUUCAAGCACGGUGGUAAUGCUGCACAAUUAUGGUUUGCUUGCAUGGUUGGACCCAUGGGUGUGUGGAUUAGAUGGUUCUUAGCAAGGUUAAACGGGCGUGGAUUGGGAAAGGAAGGGUUGUUUAAAUGGAUUCCAUUCGGGACUUUAAUUGCCAAUGUAUUAGCAGCUUGUAUUAUGGCUGCACUUUCCACUGUGAAGAACGCUGUGAAGACCAGAGAUUGUGAUACUGUUGUAGCAGGAAUACAGUUUGGCCUAAUGGGGUGCUUGAGCACUGUCUCUACUUUUGCUGCUGAGUUUAAUGCAAUGAGAGAAAGCAAUCAUCCCUGGAGAGCCUAUACCUAUGCCGUUAUUACAGUUUGUGUUUCAUUCUCAUUGGGAAUACUAAUAUACUGCAUCCCUGUCUGGACAAAGGGGUUUGACAUUGACACGUAGAAAUUGAAUAAGGCAAACUUGUUUAGGCAACCGCUUUUUUUUUGCCGAGAAUGUGUUGGCAGUUCAGAGAAGCAGAGUAAUGUGUCUAUACUAUUCUUCAUAGUGAGUUCUGUCAAUAUUAUGAUUAGCUGUCAAACGGGAAUUUCAGCUGAUAGAUCACGUCUUAGAUGUCAUUUCUUGAUGUAAAAAAGCGAACAGAGGAAGUGUGAAAACGUUUCAAUCGUGUAAUAAAUUCAUCAUUAACAUGAGUUUUCACAAAAAUUGUGGUAUUGUAGGAGUGAAUACAGCUGAAUGGAAGGUUUUCAUGCA